AUGACUAAGAGCCUUUCGCCGUCACGCAUCAGGUUCAUACUGAACAUGUUGGGCAUCCGAGAAGCCGAAAAUGGCUUCGAGCUCAUUGGCACCGAGGAAGCAGCGUUGCAAAGCCGAGUGAUCAAGAUUUGCCGUGUUCACAAGCAGGUGAAAGCAGUUGUGUCGCAUGGUGAUGCAAACAUGAUUAACAUGCUUCAGGCUUUCUUGGUUGCUUUGCAAGCUACACGUGCAUUGAGUGCUGAAAAUGAUGCGAAUGGAAACGAUGACACCAACGACUACUUCCAGGCCAUCCUUGCGGCGAUCCUUCAGGUGUUUGCUUAUGCAGCUGCGUUUGCUGAGAAUUACCCAGGCUUCGUCAGUGCUGCAAUGCAAGUUGUUGUGAUUUGCACCGUUUUGUGCUUUGCGUCAUGCCUCUUGAGACGACAGCCCCAGCCUUCAGUGAGCGUGAAUGUGAGUGUCAAUGAUGGGAAGUUUGAUCGACCUUUGGCGCCGACUCCAGGCGGGGCAGCGCCCGGCACACCACAGGUGCCGCUGAGCUGUGCAACUUCGAGCGAGGAGACAAGCUUCGAUCCGGAUCAAUGGUCACAGAUGCUACGCGCGAGGCGCGAAUGCAGAGGCGAGCUCAGCACAGAGGUGCAAGCAGCAAAGCAAAGUGCAGCCCAAGACAUCAUGGUGAUGACGAUGACCGCCGUGGAAUGCCAGGGUCAUCCGGUGAUAAUCGUCAGCUUCCUAAGCCUCCGCGUGCUAGGAAAGGUGAGCGUUCUGGAAAUGAAGUGUGGGUUGCAACCAACCAAGGACGCCGUUACCACAAGAUCGGUUGUGGAAAGCUGCGUGCGGCGAACAAUGUUGUGUCAAUGUCGCGUGCCGAUGCUGUGCACCAGGGCUACACCCCAUGCGGAGUGUGCAGGCCCGGAUGAACCAGAAUUUGCCGAUUCUUGGAUGCCAACACACUAG